AUGGCGACAGGAAGUAAGGAACACGCAGACGACCGACCCAUGGAAAUGCUUCAGCCUACUUUUGCAAGAGAGAAGCUUACGAGAGUGAAAAGUGAAGGUGCCACAGGUAUUAAGGAUAAAACAUCACCCGCACGGAUAACGCGUGCCAGCAGCAGACAAUCAGCAGCGUCUGACUCAGAGAGUGAUGGCCCCAGAACACGUGGUGCGAGCAAGACAAAGUCAAGUCCUUUACUGGACGCUACGUCUAACAAGGGUAAGAUUAGAAAUGUCAAGGGAAAAUUGAAAGAGAUUAAAAAGGAUAUUGAGUCGGAUGAAAGUGAAACAAGUGCGGACUACGUUUACGUCCAAGUUGGUGACUGUGUAUUACUGGAUUCAGGCGACCCCGAUGAUCCCUACGUCGCGCUAGUUAGUUCAGUCCAGACAUCGCAACGACACGAUAGAGCUGUAUCUUCCUUUGUGGCGCAGUGGUACUACAAGCCGUAUGAUGUCAAGGAAGAAGUUCAAGCCUUUAUUCAGGGUGGCGUUCUAGAAAACGAGGUGUUUUUAUCGCCGCACAAAGACAGAAAUUCGAUCGAUGCUGUCAUUGAAGUGUGUCAAGUCGUGUCUCCAGAAGAAUACAAGGAAAUUCAAGACGAGAUUAGGCGCGGUUAUCGCGAAAAAAAUAAGUCGUAUUUCGUAUGCCGCUACAAGUAUUUUCCAAACCGGAGCAACAUCAAAAAGGCGUUAGAAAGUGUUGAAAAUGAAGCUAUUCGCAGCGGACUUGGCCGUCGUAAGCCAAACGUCGGUAUGAGCUACCAGGCAGCCAUACCAGAUUUCAUUGAGCCAGUUUUAGAGGGCAGCCGCCUGUCUGACCCUGUUGUACCAUGGAAGACAUGCGACGAGUGUGUGGUAAGACCACGGCAAAUGUGGUCGCCACUGGUGGCAACCACACAUAGACAAACGUUCUUUUGCUUUCGGGAUCUGAUAGACUCGCUGAAGUAUGCAGUAGGUAAUAUCGUGAAGACAUACCGGCUAGAUGCAAAGCCCAUGGGACAUCAACGCGGAAUAAUUCUCCAGUACUUCUUGUCGGACUCCAUUCGGAUUUGUGUAUCGACUGGGCAAGUACUCACAGUCCUGAAAAGCGAGAUUUCCUCACCACUCACGGAUGAUCUGGCAAUGCAGCAGUUAUAUCUUUCAAGAUUUAAUUUAUCGCAAGCUGCAUAUGGAUGCUCCAAGACAAUCCUAUACGCGCAGCGAAAGGAGAGAAAGGCGUUUCAAAAAGAAGUGGAGUUCAAUGCUAAAGCGAUGAUUGCAAUUGGAUCAAAGAUUGAUGCGGAAGACAGUCGAAAGCGGAAGAAGUAG